UCGUGUUAGCUAGCUAUAUCGCCCGAUAGUAAAUAACCCAAUUCGAAUUGCUAGCUAGGUAUAUCGGGUAGUAUAUUGAGUUAGCUAGCUAGAUCGCCCGAUAGCCGAUAUUUUUUUUCUCCUUGGGUCGUUAGUAUGAUUCAGUCACUAACGCCUACGAACGUCUGAAAUAUUUAAUAUUAUUUUAUUGAUCUCAGUAUCGGAGAACAACUUAUUUUAAUUUAAGUAUAUAUAUUAACUCAUCUCUUUUAAAUUUAUUGUAUGACUCAUCGAGAUAUGAGACGUAAAUAAAAUGACUAUGCCUUUUGAUUUCUCUAAAUUGAAAUUAACUAAUUAAUGGUAAGUACGACUGCAGUGCAAAUUAGACAGGUAGAUAGAACUCACAACUCUGCAUAUGGUGGUCUAAUUUUUAAUCACAAAGGUGAAAGUUUACUGUUGAAAAAGUUGAUUUAGUUUUGUACCAGCCAUUUUGGCUGUGUUGACCGGAAUUAUCCCUGGGGUAGGUAAUUUCGGUCAUUUAAUACUAACUGACUGGAAAUUGAUCAGAACUAAUGACCCCUAAUGAAUUUUAACAUGAUUUUUACAUCAGUCGAUAGCUAGAGUCAGAUCUAUCUACCUGUGCAAAACCGUUUUUCUCUGGUAAAAAUGGCUUAGCUAUGAGCAAUAUACUGAAAAGAUUUGUGACAUUGACUGGAAUUACCUCGAGGCACUCUAUGUUUUGAUAGAACAUAUUUUCUUUCUGCACACAAAAUGUACAAAGAAAUUCAUGUUCGAAUCUUUCUAUUAAAAAAUUAUAGAAAAAGAUAGCUAUUAUGUCAGUCUUAUGUCUUCGCGACUUCUCCAGCUAACGGCCUCCAUUUUUUGCUCUUUUUCUAAAGGUUACGCGAAUAAAGCAAUUGCUUAAGUAUCAGAUACAUAAAAACAUGAAACGAAAUAGAUAUACUAACUGACAAACCACGUGCGAUUGUCUCACCAUCAUAUCUCGUAGCAAACUCAUUGUUAAACGUAUUUUUUCUAUCAUAACCUAAUAAAAUGGAUGGCUUUAGAAUUAAUGAUGAAAUGUUACUCGUUGGAAUUUGAUCAGUGAUGAGCACUGUUACAUAAAGAGUUGCGGCUACACUAUCAUACAUAUAUGUUGAAAUUGUCAGAUGUUUAUUUAUACUAGAUUCAUAUUAAUUUCAUAUUCUACUCCAUUUAUUGUUAAAUAAAUUAUAUUACGAUUAUAAGAAAAUACUUGUGUGACCCCUAACAUUUCAUCAUCUGUUACCAUUUCAUCCAUAUUUUCAAAUUUUCUGAGGUAUUAAGGAUCAUCUGUCAUCGUUCAGUUUAGAAAGAGUAAUAGUAAAUACCAGUUUCAAGAAUAAAAAAGAAAGAAUGAUAAAUGUGUCACUUUUUUCAAAAUAAUUUUUUCCAUGAUGCAAGUAUCUGAACAUAAUGAAUCUACAGUAGAUCUUUUUGUCGCUGUUGUUGUUGUUGUUGUUGUUGGACGAGGAUUAUUAAGGUGAUAAUCAUAAUCUCACCGUAAUCGGAUGUGUUUAACAAACUGAUUGGCAGCUCAUAUCUAUCAUCUCAUUUUAUUGUUUAUCAAAAAUGAGAUUAUUCACGCAUUACUUACAUGAUCUCGCUGAAUACCAUGAUGCUAAAUCAAUCGAACAUGAGAGAAAUACAACAAUAUAAAAGUGUACCGUAAAAACUAAUAAGUGCUCAUUAAAAAUGAAAAUGUUUUUUGUUCUCUUUCACGUGCAUACAUGCACUUCUUUAAUAAAUAUCUUUUUCUGUAUAUACCUGACGAAUGUACUUGUUUGACAGAACUCUUUCAUAUAUCAGCGAAAGUAGGUAUUGAGGGAAUAGUCUGUUCAAGAAAUGCAGAUAUCAAAUAUCAUAGAAUUAGAACAGAUUAGUAUGCCGUUUUAUGGGAUGUCGAGUCACUUGUCAGUGUUUCGUUCUAACUUCAAAAGGUGACCACAUGUUUAUCAGUUGCACUUAUACGCAUGAUCUUUUUUUUGUUACAUCUGUGUGGGCAAAUUCAUCUGAAAUGUCCCAUCAAUACAGCAACUUUCUCCGCUUCAUUUAAAGCCAAUCUAGUUUUAUAGAACACAUUGAAUUACGUUAGAAACUGUUUUUUUUGACUUCAUAGCUGAUGCAGAAUCCGAGAAAUAAUGCGAAUUGAUCACCACCGCGAUGAAUUUUCGACCAUGUUCUCCCUUUUUUCGACAAACCGCUUAAGAUUAUUAUAGAGUGGGUCUAUAUUCUCUACGACUUUGAAGAAUGUAGCAUGUAAGGUUUACGAGAUAUUGAAGUUUUAUAAAUGAACUAUGUUUGAGUUUUAUCUCAGUAUUUUAAAUUUGGGUUUUUGAUAAAAGCAACAUCCUAUAGGAGGGGGAAAAUAACCUUUGUGUCUGUAAAUAUUCCAAAGAUAUAUUUUAGUUUAUUUUUAAUUUUAUCUCGCUUGUUAUUCUUCGAUGUUCGUAGGAAUAAGUACGCCUUGUGAGAGAGAGACAUUAAUAGAUGUUGUUAAAGAAAAGAAAAUGAAAAUGAAAAACAUACUAUAAAUAAGCGUGUAACAAUAUAAAGUUCAAGCAGUCACUCUACAUUUCAAGUCUGCACUAAGGGUAUGACAGUUCCAUAUCAACUCCUAUCAUAGGAACUGUUGAAAAGUUCUUUCGAAAGGAGCUGAUAUGUUCGAGCAGCUCACUAGUCGUCUAGACAAAGUUUAAACGUCCUGAAUGUUCAUUAGACGUUCAUAUCAGCGAAGUUCUGCAAUCAUAAAUAGAAGCAUGUAAAAUGGUCAAUUUUUUAUUCCUCAGAUAAGUAUGGUUAAAAAGUAGAAUAAAAGAAGAUUUUGAUUUAUUCGAUCCUGUUUUGAGAUAUAAAAGAAAUUAAUUAGCAAGUUUCCAGUGGUUGAAAAUUACUUUCUUUUAGUAAUAACUAAUGCAUUUUCAAAACAGAAAUUGUUAUACAAAAAUCAUUUUCCUGUUUCGAAUUCCAAAAAAUCAUCAUUUCGGGAACACAAUACGCACCGUUCGUCCAGCUUGUAUUAUUUCUCUAAAGAUUAAUCCUUUGUUUUUCUUUUGAAGAAAAAAAUCAUUGGUUUACUAUAUUUUUAAACAGUAAAUGUUUAAUAAACUCUUUUAUUUACUGUCAUGGAUUAAAAAUGAAAAAUUUGAGCUAUUAUCGGUGAUAGAUUUAACACGUCAGCAUUGCCGCUACACAAAUUGGUCUAAACGAACACAAUGUACAUGGCGAGAAAGAGCACACUACCGAAAAACCUACUCUGGUUGAUGUCAAUCUUUGUAAAACUGUUGAAAAAAAUUUAAAACGUUACAAAAAAAGAUUUUUACAGCGUUUUACAGCAAGGUAUUCUGGCUGACCUCGAACUUUUUGCCUCAUUUUUUACCUUUAGAUUUUUUUCUCUACAAUUUUAAUAGAUUCCUGUACAUCAUGAUGAGAACUUCCAAAUACAAAAAAAAAUUAAACUUGUAGCCUUUUUGGUUGCGAAGAUAUAGACCUCAACUUUCGUCCAAAGACUUUUGCAUCAUCCGUGCUUCUGUUGAUACAGAAAUUCAUAUAUGUGAAAAUUAGAACCAUUAGAAAAAAAUAUUGUAAAAAUAAAAAUGACAAAACUGUCAUUCAAACGACAAUCACAAGUUCGCUGUGUGUUUAUGAGAAGUGGAGAUUUCUAGCUGCGUUUACAACAAAGAAGAAGUCUGAAGUAGAAUUCAGUAGAUAGUAAAUAACCACAGAGAGUAAAGAAAACUCACAAGUGCUAAUUCUACUACUGUUACUUCAACGGAUACACUUUAGAUUAAUGAUUGAAAAAUUAAAAAUAAUCAAAUUUUAUUACUCGCUGUUGCUGUCGUAGUCGUUGCUAUUAUGUUCGUUCCUUGAAUGCUUUACAUUACUAUAAGUAUCCCUUAAAUAGUAUCGUCUUUGUACACUGUCAACAUCCAGUCCAAAACUUAGACGUUUAUCUAAAGUUAUAAGUUUAAAAGAAAACAUCAUUUUCGAUGACUUUAUUAGUGAUAAGAUAUUGAGUACAAAACUAGAGUCAGUUGACUUUUAUUUUCAGACUAAGAACGGAACAACUGUACCAACAAUAGAUUAAAUAAUGCGGAUAAACUAAAGUUUGAGCUAGCUAACUGUUAUGACACAACUCAAUGGAGUAUUUUCAAAUCUCAAAUCAUUUAAAUCUGACAACAAACUACGAAUGAUUGAAGCUGUUAGCACUUUAAUUGGUAUGCUUCUUUAUUCUUAUUUUUAAGCAUACGCAGCGCAGGUUAAACGCUUACUCUUCGAAGUCGAACACAAUUUGAUAUAUGAACCACAAUAUAGUUUUUCAAGGGCAUUUAACGUUUCUCCUGCUACAACAAUUAGAACACGUACAACAACAGCAUCUGCAGCAGCAACACAAACAAUAUUGACAUCAAUAGACAAUCAUUUUGAAAUUGUUUUUCUCUUACCAGGUGAUAUACAUAUAUCAAUAAAUAACGGCCAUUAAAUCUACCAAAGGAAACAUGUCAUGAACCGUUAAAAUGUAUUUCAUCAUUGACAACGAAAAAAAAUAAAAAAGCUUUUUUUAUUCUAUCCGAUACAUUUGAUGUUAAAAAUUUAUUACCACUGAUUCAUAAUCUUAGACAAAUUAUUGCAGUUUAUUUAUUUCAGUCUAAAAGAGACGAUAAUGAUGAUGAACAAUGGUAUAGAAAUUAUCCAAAAUUAUCCGACGUAGUCAAAAAUCCAACUGAACUUUGUUCUAAGUUAUUACAAGAUACGAGUACAUUAUCAUCCUUAUCAUCAUCUAUCAAUAAACAUUUAACUUUUCAUUCUCAUAAAAUUUUUGAACCAAAUACAGUUAUAUUCAAUAAAUUCGAAAAUAUGAAAAAUUUAUCACUGACACCGUUAACUAAAGAAGAAGAUGAACAAUUUAUUUGGUUUUGA